GUCCCAACUGAAUACUGCAUAUUCCAACCACAUUCUCUUGUGUUAUUUUAGGAGAUAUUAUCCUGAUCAAAGAACAACAAAGUCAAACCCGCUCAACAAAAAGAAUGAGUGUGGGGCUCAUAGUGCUGAGCGUCCUGCUGCUGCCCAGAGCAGUGCUCGGGUUUCGUGUGGACAGAGAGACGACAUUCACUCACCAGGAGAUCACAAAGAGAGCGCUGCUAAACGUCACAGUAGAAGUGUGCCGCACCAUGGCCCAGUCUGAGGGCAGGAGCUUCAAUGCCCCAGCCCAGCCUUUUACAGUGGAGAAUGUGCUCCAGUCAUGUGAUGCUCAGGAUGCAAUCAAGUCAUUCUACCAAAACAUGAAGUUAAUCCAAAACUCCAAUGCACGAGUGGACAAAAGUGUUCUGUACAAUUCCCUAAGCCAUCACUUUCAUAGCGAGGAGUUUAGUGGAGGACGAGAUAUUAUUGUAGCAGGGUUGGGAGCUGCGAAGGCCAGCAACAAGAAAGGCAACUACGAGACAGCCCAGCAACAAAUUGGAAAAAUCAGCCACACUCUACAAGAUUAUUACAGCAACACCAACUGGAUAGAACUUGGCAAAGACAUGCCAAAUGCUAAUCUUUUGACUGGAAACGGCAAUCUGGGCACUAUUGCUGCUAGAACAAGGGCAACCUGCAGUAGCUGUACUGACAACUGUGACAACAACAUAUUAAGCGACAUCAUCAGUAAUCAAAUACUGACCUCUGGAUAUUUCGCCCUUACUCCAUCCACCUCCAAACCCGCAGGAAAGUGCAGUUACGGUGGACCUCUGGAUGGUUCAAGUACCGUUGAUCCUACAGGGGGCAUAAAUAAAGACACACCCACCUCCAGGCACGGUAACCUCCAUGAAAAAGCUGCAAACAUGGCGAUAGCUGCCACAUCUCAGCUCCUAGAGGACGUCCGAGCUGCAGGUGGAGACAGUGCUUUCUUACAGAUGAUUGGAGGAAAGCCUGGGAAGCCUCUGUGCUUUGUAGUUGACACCACCGGGAGCAUGGCAGAGGAUAUUGUGUCAGUGCAAGCGCUUACCUCCACACUUCUAAGCAAUGUUCAAGCUGGGCUGGUGCCAGAACCUUCAGUUUACAUUCUGGUCACUUUUAAAGACCCAGAUUUUGGCCCACUAUUGAGAACUACUGAUGCUGAUGAGUUCAAAGCAGCCAUUAAUGCCCUGUCAGCAUCAGGUGGAGGCGAUGUGCCUGAAAGUUCUCUAUCAGGACUACAGUUGGCUCUAAACGGUGCUCCACCUGGCUCAGACAUAUUUCUGUUCACCGAUGCCCCCGCAAAGGAUACAAAUUUGAAAGACAUUGUCAUCGCUUCGAUUGAGCAAAAGAAGUCCACAGUUAACAUUAUAAUGACGGGGAAUCCUGAUUCAUUAUCUGAUCUCGAACUGUAUGAAGAUGUGGCUCAAGCUUCAGGUGGACAGUUGAUAAGAGUCCCAAAGAAUGAACUUCCAUUUGCAACUGACAUCGUGCUUGACUCAGCCAGCUCCUCUUCGGUCACACUUUUGGAAGCAGCCAGGAACCCAGGAAAGUCUGAAAAUUUUACUUUUAUUGUGGAUGAUAUGACCAAUAAUGUCAUUGCUUACAUCACUGGGGGCAUUUCAAAUGUCACCUUUGUGAAUCCUUCAGGAAUGACAAGCACACCAACUACUUCUACAACAGUGGGAAACUUUAGAAGAAUGAAGCUGAUGAAACAGGUUGGAAUUUGGGAAAUGAGAGUUGAGUCAGACAAUCCAUACACAGCGAAGAUUGUUGGUGACAGUCCCUUAAACUUCAUCUAUGACUUUUUGGGACCAGCACAAGGCCCUCUGGGGGGGAUGAUUGCUUCUGAGAGUCGUCCAAAAGCAGAUGCUAAGGGAAGUCUGGAGCUUACAUUAAUUGGGAGUGACACUGCCACUCUGACGGGGGCUUCCUUGCAAACCUCAAAUGGAACGGUUGACGGCAAUGUCACUAGUCUGGGCAACAAGGAAUACUUAGUGGAGUUUGACCCUAUGCCAACAGAGCCGAGUACUCUGAUUGUGAGAGGCGCAAACUCUCGAUCUCAAUCCACUGCAGCAUCCUUUCAAAGAAUAUCACCUGGCAACAUCAAAACCUCUUCUAUCUCUGUGACUGCUGAUGAGCUGAAUGGCCUUAUUGAACCUGGUGCAUCAAUCGCGAUCCCCUUCACUGUUUCGAGUGACACAGCAGGAGUCUAUACAGUUAUGGCUACAAAUGACAAAGGAUUCACAGUUGCUCACCCGUCCAGCCUUGCGUUGACUGGAGGCAGUGCUAAUGGGAAUGUCAUUCUUACUGCUCCAAAUUCAGCAGAGUCGGGUAGUGAAGUCACCCUCACCAUUCAGGCAAUGAAUUCUGGGAAAACAGACAUGAACUAUGUCGUCAGGCGCUUCACUGUGCUCAAAAAGGUGACAGACUUCAGCAGCCCAGUCUGUCUGCUUGAGAGUCAGACGAGCUGUCCUCAGAGUUGCACAGCAUCCAUGUGGCAGCUCUCUGUCAGGGUCAGCGAUGGGACGGAUGGUCCUGGAGUGGACAGCAUCUACCUACGUCGGGGCAAUGGGACUCUGACCUCCAGAAUAGCUUCAGGAAAUUCUAAAAUAGCGAUCUAUGAGGCAUCCUGCUGUUCAACUGAAGUAGAAAUGGUAGUAGUGGAUAGCGUGGGUAAUGCAGCCACCUGUAAUUUUAAAAGCCGAAUAGCUACUACAACCACAACAACAACCACGACAACCACAGCAAACUCCAACAACAGUCAAACAACAGCAUCUAUGUCGCCCAAACUGGUGCAGUCAUCUCUCCUUUGUCUCAUUCUCUGCCUGCUUGGGUUUUAUUUCACCAACUGAAAAACAAGUCAUGCAAAAGUUAAAGAAAGAACAAAAUUAAGACUAUUUAUUAAGUGGCCUCGCGGGCCAAAUCAGAUCCCCUGGAGGGCCAAACUUGGCCCGCAGGCCCUAAUUUGGGCACCCCUGGUCUAGGGUAUUUAUGUAUAAUAUUACACUAUAUUUAUUAUUGAGUUAACUUGUAUGAUAAAUCUGUAUUGAAGUUCAUUCUCUGCCCAAUGCCUGCUUUUGUUCUUAUUUAUGUUCUGUGUAAAACAACAUACAAAAAAAAUGAAUAAAGCUAUUUAUAUUAACAGG